AUGGCUAGAAGAUAUGAUAGUAGAACAACUACAUUUUCUCCAGAGGGAAGAUUAUAUCAAGUUGAGUAUGCUUUAGAAGCUAUAAAUAAUGCAAGUAUAACAAUUGGAAUAAUUACAAAAGAGGGGGUAAUACUAGGAGCUGAUAAAGUUUUUAUAUCUAAAUUAAUAGAUAAAGUUAAUAAUUUUGAAAAAAUAUAUAAAAUUGAUAAUCAUAUAUUUUGUGGGGUUGCUGGUUUAAAUGCUGAUGCAAAUAUAUUAAUAAAUCAAUCAAGAUUAUACACACAAAGAUAUUUAUAUAAUUAUAAUGAUAUAGAACCUGUAUCUCAAUUAGUUGUUCAAAUUUGUGAUAUCAAGCAGAGUUAUACACAAUAUGGUGGAUUAAGACCAUAUGGUGUUAGUUUUUUAAUUGCUGGUUAUGAUAUGAAAGACGGAUAUCAACUUUAUCAUACAGAUCCUAGUGGAAAUUAUUCUGGAUGGUUUGCAACUGCUAUCGGAACUAAUAAUUUAACCGCUAGUUCUAUUCUAAAACAAGAAUGGAAGAAGGAAAUGACAUUAGAAGAAGGAUUAUUACUAGCAUUAAAAACGUUGGCUAAAAGUACCGAUAAUGAAAUACCUAAAAGUGAAAAGAUAGAAUUAGCUUAUUUGUCACAUAAGGAUGGAGAAGUAUUUCAAAAAUACUUAACAGAAAAAGAAAUAGAAGAGUUAAUUAAGUUAUAUACACAAAAAUAUGUUAAAGAAUAA